AUGGAUUCAACAAACGACAACCAGCAGGAGCAACGCAGGACCAGCAAGGGUCACGUUGAUAGCGUUCUUGAUCGCUAUCUUGCUUCUACAGAAAGCCGUCAUAACACCUCUUCAACUGUCAAUAACAAAAAUAUUGAGCCCCAGUUAGUUCAAAAGCAAGAAUACUUAAAAUCAUUAAAGCGAUUAGAAGAGGAGCAAAGGGUUGCAAAGAUGAUUGGGAACAUGGAGAACAUGAACGAUGGUGGCUUUUGGUGGGAUGUAGCCAUUGAUAACAUGGAUCAGGAUGAGCUUGAAGCGUAUAAAGAAUCAAUGCAACAGUUGAAGAAGAAUGUGGUAGCACGACUUGACUCGAUUGAAGCUAAUAAUGCUUCUCCUGAGUCAAGGAUGGUCAACCCGUAUACUAAUAUUGAAGAAAUACCUGCUCCCAGUUAUGGUAAUAGUGAUCUUCAAUGA